GGCUCGGCGUCGGCCGGUCUGACCACUUGUCCCUCCGGUGGCCUGGGGUGUGGGCGUCCCUCAUCGGUGGGAAGCAUGUAGGGCUCCCGCAUCGCCGCUCGGGCGGCGUGUGCGUGUCCGCAGCCGCUCGCAGGCUUCCAGCCAGGAAACCCUACGGACCGAGGGUCUCCGGGGUGCCCAGGCCCUGAGGGCUCCCCGAAGCAAAGGGUGACGGAUGCAGGAGGAGCCGAGGAGGCCCCAAGAGAGGUGGGAAGGUGGGGUUCCUGACCUUUGGAUCUUCGGUCCAAAAAUAUUUAAAACGUUGAGGACAGAUAAAGAAUUGCCAACUUUCUAAACAGAGUGGAGACUUCAGCAUAUAGGCGGUCCAUAGUGGGAAUGGAAAACCCCUAAGGAGGGAAACUUGGAAACACCAGGAUUUAACAGAUUGGGAGAACAGUAAGUGUGUCCUUAAGAAGACUAUCUUUCAAGAACUACAGUCAUUGGGGGGUGAUACUAGAGUCACAAUGGAGGUUCCCCCAGCAGCCAAGUUUGGUGAGACCUUUGUGUUUGAGGACAGCUUAGAGAUGCAGCAAGAACUCUUCCCAGAGGAGGACCUGGGGGACCCUUUUCUUCAGGAAAGAGGUUUAGAGCAAAUGGCUGUUAUUUAUAAGGAGAUCCCUCUCGGGGAGCAAGACGAGGAACAUGAUGAUUAUGAGGGCAAUUUCAGUCUGUGCUCAAGCCCUGUUCAGCAUCAGAGUACCCCCCCAGUAAACAGAUCCCAGGAUGAUGAAAUCUUCAGCCCAACCUUCUUGCAGAAAUCAGACCUUAGUAUGUGUCCGAUAACCCACAGUGGAGAGGAACCCAAUAAACACAGUUGUGAGAAGGCGAGCAGGGCACACUCAGGACCUAACGAACCUCACAGAACUGCGCCACCCGCAAAACCCUAUGCAUGUCGGGAAUGCGGGAAGGCCUUCAGCCAGAGCUCACACCUUCUCAGGCACCUGGUGAUUCACACUGGGGAGAAGCCCUACGAGUGCUGUGAGUGCGGGAAGGCCUUCAGCCAGAGUUCACACCUUCUCAGACAUCAGAUAAUUCACACUGGGGAGAAGCCCUACGAAUGUCGGGAAUGCGGAAAGGCCUUUCGUCAGAGCUCAGCCCUCACACAACACCAGAAAACCCACACUGGGAAGAGACCGUAUGAGUGUAGGGAAUGCGGGAAAGAUUUCAGCCGGAGCUCAAGUCUCAGAAAACACGAGAGAAUCCACACGGGAGAGAAACCUUAUCAGUGUAAGGAAUGUGGGAAAUCCUUCAAUCAGAGCUCUGGCCUGAGCCAGCAUCGGAAAAUCCACACCUUGAAGAAGCCUCACGAAUGCACUCUCUGUGGGAAAGCCUUUUGUCACAGGUCCCACCUCAUUCGGCACCAGAGGAUUCACACUGGGAAGAAACCUUACAAAUGUGAAGAGUGUGGGAAGGCCUUCAGCCAGAGCUCCAACCUCAUUGAACAUCGCAAGACUCACACCGGCGAAAAACCCUACAAAUGCCAUAAGUGUGGGAAAGCCUUCAGCCAGAGCUCCUCCCUCAUCGAGCACCAGCGCAUCCACACUGGGGAGAAGCCCUAUGAGUGCGGCCAGUGUGGGAAGGCCUUCUGCCACAGCUCUGCCCUGAUUCAGCACCAGAGAAUCCACACCGGGAAGAAACCCUACGCAUGCAACGAGUGUGGCAAAGCCUUCCGGCACAGGUCAGCCCUUAUUGAGCACUAUAAAACCCACACCAGAGAGAAGCCCUAUGAGUGUAACAAAUGUGGCAAGUCCUUCAGGGGAAGCUCACAUCUUAUUCGGCAUCAGAAAAUCCAUGCUGGGGAGAAGCUCUAGAAGGAGGAGCUCACACCAAAGCUUGAAACCCUUUCCCAGAUGGAACCCACACCCCAUCGCCUUGUCUGUAAGACCCCACCCACCUCCCUGAUCCCAGGGCCGAAUGGAAAUGUGCCACCCCCAGAGCUUCUGGCCACCCACGCUGGCAGCCAGGCCCCCUCGCGCCCCCCCCACCCUGGGCGCCCCACAUGCAGCAGGUUUACUGAGUGGGAGGGUGGAGUAAUGGGAAGGCCGCUGAAUAAGAGGCAUGCCCAAAAAGAGAGCUGGCCUCUGAUUUGACUCCCAAGCCUGUGAGAUUGAGUUUUGCCAUCUCUUCGCCUUUGUCAAAAUCCAGAAGAAUAAACACCAGAGGGAGAAAGUUGAGUUAAACGCACAAAAAUAUCAGAUGAACUCUCUAACGUCAACUGCAGUCUGGCACUUUGAGAAGACAGAACUGUGCUCACAGUCUGAAUCUGCUAAAGAAAAAUGAAUCCGAAAGUAGAUAUGUUAACAGCAAAAUGGAAUCUUCCAUUUGGCUUGGGCACUGGUGGGGACAACCAAAACAGGUUACAGAAGAGAGGGAGGGUCUGGAAGGAUUCAUUCUGGGUUGGGGAAGGGAGUGGUGAGCCCCUGGCAUGGUCUCUUAAUCCCUGUUCUGGGUUAGAGUAAGGGUGGUUUCUGGCAGAUGGCCUUCACAGGACGGUAGAGGUUUGGUCCUGUAGGCCAGAGGACAUUUGACCCUGGCUUUGACUCAGCCUGGCAUAAGGCAUCAGUGCCCUCCAGUUAUAACUCCUCCACAAGACCUAGGGCUCCCAAGACCACAGUGUGCCUUGGUUGGCCCCAGGGCCCGUUUCUGGUCUGGGGGCUCUUCAGCCACCUCUCUGCUCUCCAGUGCUGGGGGACCUAGGAAGCAGGGCGAUUCAGUCAGAGGUCCCAGUUCAGAUCCCAGGUCUGCCCCUCCUACUUGUGUGAUCUUGAGGAAGCUCCAACGCUCUGUUUCCCUAUCUAUGAGAUGGAGAUAUUGGGACCUGGCCAACUCCUGUUCAGAAUGAAACCACCCAUGAAGUGCUUUGGCAACUGGCAGUUGAGGAUGGAGACCCAGAGGGACCCUUGCCCCACCCAGAGAUCUAUUUCCUAAAGGCCCAAAAGGCAUCCCUGCUGUUCCCCGGAUGGCAGGGCCUGCAGCCCACCCUCUCGUUGAACCAGGGCUUAGGCUUUUCUUCACUCCCUCCAGUCUGUAUCCUGGGCUGUGGAUGCCCUGUGGGGCCACCUCCCAGACAGGAACCCUUUCCAGAUGCCAUCCUCAACCUAUCCCCAGAAGCAGUGUGGUCUGCGUCCCCGUACUUCUGUCCUCUCUCCUCAGGCAUUAUUCAAAAAGUACCAUUGCCUAUUCCCUGCCUAGACCAAUUCAGUCGGCAUCCCCAGAGGUGGGGCUCAGACAGUGGUAUGUUUUUAAAGCUCCCCAGGUGAUUAGAAUGUUCCAGUAGGUAGCCAGGAUGUGAGCUCUAUGCUAGGCAUCUUGCAACCCCAGCAUCUCCCAAAUAUCAGGCCUGCUUGCCGUGAGCAGAGUUUGAAGGUGGCCAUUCUGUCUCAGUCCCCAUGCCUCCCAUCCGCCAGGAAUGGGCUCAGGCUGUGCCGUGUCUGGCUGGUGGAGAGGUGUUUGUCCCAGGUCCUCAGGCCUUCGUGUGGCCACCAGGAUCUCUUGGGUAUUGCCUUCCCCCAGGCUCCUCCGAGGCAGGCUAAGCGAUUCUUUUUUUUUUAAAGAUUUUAUUUAUUUGACAGAGAGAUAGCGAGAGCAGGAACACAAGCAGGGGGAGUGGGAGAGGGAGAAGCAGGCUUCCUGCCGAGCAGGGAACCCGAUGCGGGACUCGAUCCCAGGACCCUGGGAUCAUGACCUGAGCUGAAGGCAGACGCUUAACGACUGAGCCACCCAGGCGCCCCUAGGCUGAGCGAUUCUGAAGUUUUCCAAAAGUUUAUAGCUGGAAUCCCAUUACCCGCAUCAUGGGAACACUGGCUAUUUCAGCUAAUCAGAAGCUCAGCUUGGUGCUCAUGUAUAGUUUUGAUGAAUAAAAAUGGACAAGUAAUUGUUACUUAGCAAGUGGAGCUUGGCAGGCUGGAGAUUUUAAAAGGCCAGGUCUCCAGCUGGGGGGAUGACAGUGGACGUCCCAGCCAUGAGGACAGCAGCCAUUCCUGUCCAGCUCCUCUCUGUUGCGUGAAUGUGUGAAACCUUGAGCCAGCACCCGGGUCUCCUAGAACCUACCGUACCACCAGCUAGAGUGGCCUGACUGGCUGGCCCUGGGGAUUGCUUGCAUGUGGCCUGCACUGCGGGUCUUCAGUCACUUACUAAGAGUGCAGAGAGAAUUGAGACCCCUGCUCUGCGUGGGUGGGAGAGCAGCCCCCUCCCCAAGAUCUACCUCCUCGCACCCCCCCGGCCCCCCAUUCGGCCUCGCCUUGGCCAGGCCUGUCCUUAUCCGGCAGUCAUCGGUUUCCUACCUUUGAUGUCUCUCCGUGUGCUUCUGCACGCCCUAGCCAAAUUGAUUUUCUUAAAGCAUCUCUUUGCACAUGCCACCAUGCUCCUUAAAGCCAACCCUCAGGGGCUUUUCUGCACAUAAGCCCCUAUUUCAGCCAAUCUGGUUUGCUCCUGAACAGACCACAGGGGGUUCACGCCACCCUGCCCAGAUGCUCCCUCCUCUCUCAGCUUCCUUUACCUCAUUUUAUGCCAUUCUUGCAUUUUGGAAUAUGCACUUUCUCCUCCUCCUGGUCCCCCCCGCCAUCUCCUCCUUCCUGUCGACAAUUUAUGUAACAUGGGGAUUGAGACCCCCUUUCUGAAGGGUUGACAGAUUCUCACAAAACCAUGGUAGGACCAGGUACUUUUCAAAGUGUGAGCAGAACCUAGUACCUUCUGUUCACAUUCCUUUACUGUUUUAUGUAUUUUUAAAUCCUUCAAUUUAUUUAGGUUCUUGAACAGUGUAAUAUUACAAGAGAACAUCCUGGUAGUAUUUUAAUCGUCCUUGGAUUUAGUUGUUUUAUGUUUGUCUUACAUUUUUUUCCUUCUUAUGGUAGAUGUUGAGUGUUGUAAAGCUCCAACUCUUGGUUUUGUUGACUAAUCGAAUGGUUUUGUCGAAGUGUAUGUAUUCUCCUUUUUUUUUUUUACUUCAUAUUUUACAUUUCUGAAAUUAUUUAGAUAUAGCUAAUCAUAUUUUUAAUGUUUCUAGUAAAUGCAGGUACUUUGGUCUAGGACUUUUUUCUUAGAGCUUUUUCUGCACUCUGUCAGUUUGACAUGUGCAAGUUUUUGUUACCAUAUGAGGAAUUUCCUUUUGGCCCAAGGGUGGUUGUUUUUUUCUAUAUUUCUAAGUGAUGAAUGCAUAGGUCAUUGCUGUUCUUUCUUACUGUGCUGUGGUGUCAACAUUUCUAAGUGUCCAUGGAACCUACUCUGGGCCUGAAGAUAUGAUCAAUUUUUAUAAAGCAUUUGUCAAUCUCAAGAAAUGGGUUUGUACUCCAUCAGUUCUAUUUGUUACUCAAAUUCAUACUUUCUCUGUUGUUUACAGUUCUUAACUUGGGUCUGCAGACUGCCUAGGAGUCCGUGGGUGCACAGGUUUAUUUUAGAGGCAGCAGAGAGGAAUGGAACAAAACUGGGUGGUUACAUACGUGAAAGAAUUGUUCGGGGCUGGGGGUUGGGGGGCCUGUAGCAUUCACCACAUUUUGGAAAGGCUCUGUGAGCCUCAAAAUAGUUAAGAACACUCAUUGACAUGAUCAAAUCAUAGUCUGAUUUUGUGUUUUUUACUUUGUUUCACUUAAAUUUGCUUCUAUUUUAUGUUCGUUGUUGUAAUGUUAGACGUGCACUUUUCUCAAAUCCUUUUUGAGAAAUAGGCAGGGUUAUCAUUAAGUAAGUACCAGGAUAUUUGGAGCAUAUAUAUUUAAUAGUAAUAUAUUGCAAAAUUGUGCCUUUUAGUGCCUUUGCCUCUUUUAAUUCUUCUAGCUUAAAUUUUUCUUUUCCAGAUACCAUAAUUGAAGCCCCUUGCUUUUUUCAAUUUGCAUCUGCAUGAGAGUUGAUUUUGCUCAGCAUUUUUAAAAUUUGUGUAUAUAUUUUGCUGUAUAACUUACAAACAGCAAAGUGUUGGAUUUUAUUUUCUGAUUCUUUCUGUAAUUUUUUUUUAUGCAAGAAGUUCUCAUAUCACAAUUUAUAGAGUAAGGCAUAAUUUAUCUUCAUACUUGUUUUAAUAUAGAUGAACUCAUUUAUUUAUUUAUUUAUUAUUUUUUUAAAAGAUUUUAUUUAUUUAUUUGACAGAGAGAGAGAUAGCGAGAGCAGGAACACAAGCAGGGGGAGUGGGAGAGGGAGAAGCAGGUUCCCGCUGAGCAGGGAGCCCGAUGUGGGACUCGAUCCAGGACCCUGGGAUCAUGACCUGAGCCGAAGGCAGACGCUUGACGACUGAGCCACCCAGGCGCCCAGAUGAACUCAUUUAACCCAAAAAGGCCGUGCUCAUUUAAUGUCCAUCUUUAGGAGUUAUUCACCAUGUGUGGAAUAUUAUUUCUGGGGAGGCUGAUGGUCUGCCGUUGGGCACACCUGCUCCUUCCCGCCUUUGUCAGUGCCAGGCUCUGUCCUGAUCCCACUUUUUUUUUUUUUUUAAAGAUUUUAUUUAUUUGAGACAGAGAGAAUGAGAAACAGAGAGCAUGAGAGGGAGGAGGGUCAGAGGAAGAAGCAGACUCCCUGCCGAGCAGGGAGCCCGAUGCGGGACUCGAUCCCGGGACUCCAGGAUCACGACCCGAGCCGAAGGCAGUCGCUUAACCAACUGAGCCACCCAGGCGCCCCUGAUCCCACUCUUAAAGUGGCUUCAGUGCUCUUGGCUCUAACCCGGAGGAAUGAUGCCACCUCACAGCCCUGUGGAGCUCAGAGGAGAUAGAAAUACAAACCUGCAUGGCAAACUGGGGGCAUAGAGGAUUAGUACGCUAUUAGUGUUUUCUUGAAAUGUUUCUUUUUCUGUUCUUCCUCCCAAAGUUCUUUCAGCAUAACUUGGAAUAGUAUAUUGUGGUUUACUUUUUAGGAAACACUGCCAGAUGUAACAAAGAAUUAGACCUCACAGAUCCAUCCCACACUCCCUGAGUGAAUGUGUACAGUAAUCUGGACAAGCAGCAGGGAACCUGAUCUCAUAACCCCCAUCCCCAUCACCUGUCUGUCCCAGGUGGGUCCCCUUGUCAGCCCUCCCCCUUCCUCUGUGGUAGCGGGGAGAAGCACUGUCACAAUUGCAGAGAUUAGAGAAUAUGGUCACUCUGGCCACUCCUGUGGCAGGUGGGGAAACGGAGGCCAUGAUUUAGCAGAAGUGAGGUGCUUUAGUGUCAGACCUACCCGGCAGCCGUGGCAAAGAACAAUUUCGCCUGUUAUAGUGCAGCCUUGGGCAGCUGUUGCCAGGACUUUUCAGGUGGCAAGUGAUUUAGUCACCAUAGGCCAAGUGAAUAAAGUGAAAACCAAGUACUCUGUCCGCUCAGAGUUGCUCAGCCCUUGUACAAGUGGACGUCCGCCAACAUUACACAAGGUGGAUAUAUAUAUAUAUAUAUAUAUAUAUAUAUAUAUCUCCACAUACAUACACACA